UUUCAGAUUGUUCCCCAAUGGAUCCCAACUUUCAUAAUACCGGACCGUCUGGGUCAGCUCCCAGAAAGCCUGAAACGUGGAGAAGCUGCAAGGAAGCCAAUAAAGUUAUAGAAAUGUUUUAUUCGGAAGGUAACUUUUAUCACGAUAUUUAUAUGGAGGAGUUGGCGAAUCUUGCAGAAACAAGCCAUAAAAAUGUCAGAGAUACCUUGUCCCGUCUCCGGAAGAAAGAUGAACGAGCUGGAAAGUAUGUGCCCCCGCCACCCAAGCAAAUGUAUGAGUUCACAAGUGAACAACGGGGUGCUCUGGAUCAAGCGUUUCUCGUUACACCUCAAAUGGAUUCAGAUGGUGCAAGGGAGUUAUCAGAAAUUACUGGCUUAACUGUGAAGCAGAUCAACAACUGGUUUUGCAAUCAACGCCGUAAAGCUGAUGGACGAAGUGCGGAGAAAGACAAGAAACGAAGGGAGCGGAUUCGAGAAGACAUGAAAAAGAACGGCUUAGGGAGAGUCGGAACUUUUCGAUCUGAAGCUGUGGAACUUUUUGAGAAGGAGUACGAGACUAUGUUGCAACUAGAGGCGAUUGGUGGAGGAAAAGUUCGAAUUCCAUAUACGGAAUUAGUGGAGAAAACUGGAAUGGAGAGGAAGAAGAUUCGUGAUUGGUUCUCGAAGCGAAAAGGAAGAGACAAGCGGUUCUUGGAGAAUAUGGAGAAUACUCGUGAAGUUUCUCCGCAAAAUACGCAGCAAAAUAUUCAAGAUAUUUUGAUUAAAAUUGUGACUCAAAGUGGGACGCUUUGUUCAACGGACUGUUAAUAAUUCGAAAUGCUUUUCUUUUAAUAAAGUAGUUCUUUGU